GCCGGAAUGUUGGCCAACACAGUGGGUCAGCUGCUGGCUGGUGCUGCGCGUAAAUUUCAGUCGAUUCUCAUUUGCACUUUCGUUCGGGAUACACGCACCAUUGUAACUAGCGAUCAAAAUGGUAAGUGCUGUGUACUGUAAUAAUAAUUGACGAAAUAAAACAUUUAAACGCGAUUUUACUUCAAGUACUAUACGUAUUAAACUGGUAUAGGUACAUUAUUCGAUUUCCGAUUUCUCCAUUUUCUGAUUUAUUCGUGGAGAAUCAAAAUUUUUUUUUGUUUUGUAUAAUUAUUUUUCGACGGUAUUUUUUUUCAGGCCGACUUGUCCAAAGAAGAUGUCGAACGUAAGUCAACCGAUCGGCUCUCGAUGGUUUUGGGCGUCAAAACAAAGAUUUUCGUACGUAUUGGGUACAUAUAUUUCAUGGUUUUAUUUUACAGGCGUAAACUUCGUAUGGGGUAUUUACGACAGCGCUAACGAAGGCGUCGACGCUUUCUACUUGGGCGAUCUUCUCCGCGCUUUGGAAACGAACCCCACUCUGGCCACCAUCGAAAAGAUUGGAGGCACCAAGAAGAAAGGUAAGUGUAUAACAACAAUAAUAUAAUAGUAUAGAUGUUUAAAAGGAUUCCGACUCGGAUUUUAUAAAACUCACACAGGUAACGUUUUUUUAAAACAUGUAUAUAGUGACCGUUCAAAAUGUCUUGGUAAAUGAUAUUAUUUUGGAAUUUUUUUAAGGAACAAUCUACAUGACGUUUCGCGUGAUGCUUUCCAUUAAACCAUUUACUGUAAAUCAUUACAACGAUAAAAAUGUUUAUACAUUUUUUAUUAUUAUUAUUAUUUACACACACACUAUAAAGGAAUUUCGGAAAUAAAUUUUGUAAUAUGUUCGAUGGGUCGUGAAAGACCACGACGGACUCCACUCGAACGACAAUUUAAAAUCCACGGUAUAAACCCGUCUGUUUAAAUUAUAAUAUUACAGGCGAGAAGAAAUUUAUGUUGGACGAAUUCUACGCGAUUUACUCGCAAAUCCAAAAGGACAAGGACCAAGGAGUGUAUGAGGACUUUAUCGAAUGUCUGAAAUUGUACGACAAGGCCGAAGAUGGUACCAUGAUCGGCGGAGAAUUGACUCACAUCCUGUUGUCUCUCGGUAAGCGACCGUAACCUAUAAAAUAUGUCUAUGGUCCUGCGCGUGAACAUAAGUCAAUUUUCGGCGUUUUUUUUAUUUUCAUAAUUUAAUCCAGUAUAAUUAUUUCCCCUUUAUGUACCAUUAUACCUUUUUGUAUAAUGUGAAAAUUUUUGUAUAAUAAAAAAUUUAUAUAUAUAUAGUUUUGAUCCAAACUUGAUCCAAAGUGUGCGUUUUUUAAAAUUUACUCGUAUUGAACUCGUAAGACAAAAUUGACUCGAGCUCUUUUCCCCCGGGACCAACGAUAUAUAAUCACACGGGCCGUGUGCCUUUUUUGCAGGCGAGAAACUGAACGACGCUGAACUCGAUGAGGUCGUCAAGGACUGCAUGGAACAAGAAGACGAGGACGGUUUCAUCCACUAUGUCCGUAAGUAUACGAUUCGUAUUUCAUUAUACCCGUAUUAAUAUUAUUACAAAUAGGUGUACCCAUACAUAACCCUUAAAACCCACAUUGUAUACCUUAAUCCACUUAAUCCGUGUGCAUAAUAUGUUUUUUCAGCGUUUGUUAAAAAAGUGAUGGUCAAACUGAGCGACAUGAAAUAAAUUCCAUUUUAAGCGUAUUACUAUAUAAAUAAUAAAAAAAAAAAAAAAAAAAAUUAUAUAUAUUAAAACCAAAAAAAAAUCCAUUUAAAAUAUCCACGAAGACCUUUCUCCGUAAGUAAUGACAAUACCGCUGCGAAAUACCGAUUUGAUCGUGACGUCUUCUAGUUUUUUGUUUUAUUUUCUAUUUAUUCUUCUGCGCAAAAUGCUUGCCAUUAUAUUAUUAUUCUGCUACCUAUAUCACGUUAUAGAAAAAAAAAAAAAAAAAAAAAACGUCAGUCGAUAAUAAAGACUUGACAGUUCUAUUAUGUGAUGUAAUGUGCAGUGCUGCUUACAUAUACGAACGGCGAUAAACUUACAUUAUAACAUAAAAUCAUACUUUCAUAUUAUAGCUGUACAGUUGGUCGUCGUCGUUGUUUGUCGAAAAAAAAAAAAUUAGUACAACGACUUAUUUUUUUUUUUUUUGCUUUUCAAUAUCUUAACCGUCGUCGUUCCACCGAACGGAGAAAACGUUUCCGUCCGAAAAUCUAGGCGCUUUAUAAUACGCAUUUCGCUCUGCAAAUACAUUUAUUCUAUUUUCAAACGUUUUUUCUAUAGUUUUGCGCUUUCGUUUAGUUUUAUUGUUUUUAUUAUUUUGUAUAAUGUGUGUAUAAUGUUAUUGCGGAUAAAUCCUUAUCACCUGUUACACUCUAUCCGACGACGUGUGUUUUAGUUACACGCGUUUUGGGUGUUUGUUUUCACGGGGGGGUUUUUUUUUUCUUUUGCCCGUUUUAUGUAUGUACACAACCGUGGUCAUCGCGAUCGUUUAUAAAAAUCGAACGCUUGAGAAAAAAAAAAAAUAAUAACCCAGCUAGUCAUUGCGGUUUUCUAUUCUCGAAACGACCGAUGAUUUAUCCGUAAACAUAAUAGCAGAACAGUCACAAGAGCCGACCGGAAAACGUGUCGGUUUAAUCUGCACGCGUGUAGUUCGUGCUCGACGACGACGGCGAGGAAAGUCCCGCGGGGUGGCAAUCGUACAGAUUAAUUUAAUUUACGUACAAAAGACGAGGGGGGGGGAAACCCCCCGCCCGUACACGCAUCGCGGUAAUACAAUAAAACAAUUCCCGGGUCGGCUCAGAAUCUGACAAAAAAAAAACACACAUUUCGAACGGCCGCCGUCUCGUUUCGGACGUAAACGAAAACGCUUUUUUAUUUUUAGUCUCGCCUGUGCAACGGGCCGGGCCGGUACGAAAUCGCUCGCGGCCGGCCGAACAUUAUUUUCGCCUAUAAAUACAACAACGUUGCCGGCCGCGCCGCCGGCACCGCGGUUUCGUACGGCCGCCGCUUUUUGCAUUUGUGUUUUUGGUCACGUUUAAUUAUACCCGCGGCUAUUUUUAACACUCCGCGCGUUCCUCGCGCAUUUGUCUCUGUUGCAGCGUUCUUAGCCAAAGUCUGCGGAAAGCCGCCACCGCUCAGCGACGACCCGUUCCGCAAAUAAUCUCGGACGGCCGACCGCGGCGAUCGGCCGGGCCCCCGUCGUCCCGCGUAAUUAUCGUCCGCUGCAAUUGUGCAACACGCGCACGUCGUCCAGUCACCAUCACCGUUGUGCGGCUGCGAAAAUAAUACGACGGGCGGCGCACCGACGCCAUCGCCAUUCAAUCGUCAUUUAUUUAUUUAUUGUUAACGGUUUAUUUUGUAAAACAAAAAAAACAAAAAAAAAAACAAAAUAACAAAAAAUCCGACGUAAUUUAUUUACACAUGUUGUACAAAAAUGUAGACGGCCAAUAAUAAAUUAUUGUUGUGCUUGCACACGCUCUAAAACGUCACGGCGAGAACCAUUCUCGUUUGUUUGUUUUUUCAUGUUUUCGUUAUUCACUUUCCUCUUUCACAC